ACUGCCCUCCGGCGCCCCGGUCCCGCCCUGGCUGGCGGGUGAGCGGCCCGCGGGUCCCCUGGCCCGGCCUCCUACCUCAGCUGUUGCCUUUUUCCUCCAUCCCCUGGGUGGGACCUCUAGGCCCAAGCCUGUGACUAGGUGUAGAAUGAGCCAAGGAGACUCAAACCCAGCAGCUAUUCCACAUGCAGCAGAAGAUAUUCAAGGAGAUGACAGGUGGAUGUCUCAGCACAAUAGGUUUGUUCUGGACUGCAAAGACAAAGAGCCGGACGUGCUGUUUGUGGGAGACUCCAUGGUACAGUUGAUGCAGCAGUACGAGAUAUGGCGGGAGCUGUUUUCCCCACUUCAUGCUCUUAAUUUUGGAAUUGGGGGAGACACAACACGACAUGUUUUAUGGAGACUAAAGAACGGAGAGCUGGAGAACAUUAAGCCUAAGGUCAUUGUUGUCUGGGUAGGAACAAACAACCAUGAAAAUACAGCAGAAGAAGUAGCAGGUGGAAUUGAGGCUAUCGUACAGCUUAUAAACACGAGGCAGCCACAGGCCAAGAUCAUUGUACUGGGUCUGUUACCUCGAGGUGAGAAGCCCAACCCUUUAAGACAAAAGAAUGCCAAGGUGAACCAGCUUCUCAAGGUUUCCCUGCCGAAGCUUGCCAAUGUGCAGCUCCUGGAUAUAGAUGGGGGCUUCGUGCACUCGGACGGUGCCAUCUCCUGCCACGACAUGUUUGAUUUUCUUCAUCUCACAGGAGGGGGCUAUGCAAAGAUCUGCAAACCCCUCCAUGAACUGAUCAUGCAGUUGCUGGAGGAAACACCAGAGGAGAAGCAGACCACCAUUGCUUGACUGGCCCAUCAGUGUUAACAGCAUCCCAGCUUCCUCAGAUCAGUUAGACCACUGGCACUACAGAAUCCUUUCUUAAGGCACUUUGCAUUGUACAAUGUUCCUGGAUGCUUGUAUGUUUGAAGGGGAGGAGGGAUUUAAAUUGGUCCUGUAUAUAAAGGUUUGUUUGAAGAGAGGAGAAAAAUUAGCCAAGGAAGAUUCAUUUGAAACCAGAAGGGGACUUUUUAGUUGUUUAUGUCACACUUGUAGAAUUAUCACUGUUUUUCCUAGGACAACAUCAAGCAAGAGUACAAUAUGAAGAUUCUUUUCUUGGCCCUUUUUUCUAUGGAUUAUGUCAUGUGUGAUAAUUAUCACAGCUACUUGGCUUUAAACUUAUUUUUGGUCCAGUUUUAAGGUUCAUGAGUUAGUAUGUUGUGUUGUGUUGUUUGAUUCAUGUAUGCUCGGUAUUUUUAUUAACAUAUAGCAUCAGAUUAAACAUGCUUGUCACUCCAGUAUGCGAGAUGCUAUAGUUACAAGUGAGUUUGUUCCUCUCAGUCUUAAGCAGUGGGAACAAGGUCUGGGGACUGGGAUAGAGUUCUUACUGCUGCUGAAUAUCAUGUCUGUAAUAGACCCGUGCAUGCAGCCUUUCCGCUUCCCCUUCAUCUCUUCACAGGUGGGUUAUUUACACCGCAAACUUUUAACUCAUUUUUGAUCUAGGACUUGCACUGCCGUCAGGACGAUCUUACUAAUGUAUAACUCACUCUGUGGUGUUCUGUGAUGUAGGGUCUGUGUAAUGUUAAUCAUCCAGAGUUCUGCUUGUCAUCAUACCCCCAACCUGUUGUUUUCCUUUGUUUUGUAGGAGGUGGGGGUGGUGUCAAAAUUGUUUCCCAUUCCAUAAUGCCUGAUGUUAUUUCAAGUUUUAUAUUAUUUUAAGGUGUAUAUGUUUGUUUUCGUUUUAUAUAUAUUAUAUAUAAAUAGAUAUAUUUUACAGUACUGGAAUCAAACCCGGGGCUUAGCACAUACUAAGCAAGUGCUCUGCCGCUGAGGUAAUCCCUAGACAUGCUUGUUUAUUUGCUUGUUUGUUUGGUUGGUUUUUUUAUUGGUUUAAUUCUUAAAUUCUAUCAGUAAAAAAAUGUUUUUCCACGGGAAACAGUGAAACUGCUCUCACAAUAGAUGUGCUCUCUAUGUCUUUUUUUUCCCCCCCUUUUGUUUUUCUUUUUUGAGGCAGGGUUUCUCUGUAUAGUCCUGGCUAUCCUGAAGCUCUGUAGGCCAGGCUGGCCUUGAACUCAGAGAUCAAUUGCCUCUGCUUCCCAAGCGCUGAAAUUAAAGGCGUGUUCCCACCACACCUGGCUUUAGAUGUGCUAUCUUUAGUCUACUAUUUUAGUAAAGAUUAAACUAGGUUCCUUUUGUUGGUCUAUGAGUCUCACAGUAUAGCUCUGCCUGGCCUGGAGUUUGCUUGUAGACCAGGUUAGUGUUGAACUCACAGAGACCUGCCUGCCUCUGCCUCCUGAGGACUGAGAGUAAAGGCGGGCACCACCAUGGAGAUGGCUCACUGAUCAUUUAAGGUUCCUUAUAUAAUUUAGUGUCUUGGUCGAGAUUUCAAGAGAGCUCCUUACAUUCCGUCUGGUUUGCUUGAGCUAUGCAAACUGCCACUUGAGAAAAUAAUACAUUAUUGGUUGUCCAUAAACGAUCUACAAACAUUUUAAACUGGACCAGGUUGGGGACUGAGGUAACUCAUUGAAUGUGCUCUACAAUGCUUUUGCUCAAUGGUCACAUUCAGUAGCUCUGUGAUCUAGGCUUUCUGUUCCUCUUCCAGAGCAGCCGACAGGGCUGUUAGAGGAACUCUUGGUUUGUGCUGAGACCCACCUGACGGAGAAAGAUAGAAGUUGAAGUGUUUUUUCCCUGGUGAGCAUCUGUGUAGAAUUUAACACAUAUCGUCAUGAAUGUAUCAUGUCUUCAUUAGCAACAGGAAAAUACACAUGGUCUUUACUAAUAUUGUCUACCACAGUGAAAUUCCCUUUUAUUUUUUUAGUAGCCUAAGUUCUUGAGUUUUUCAAGACAUUGUUUUCUGAACUGAGUAUAAUUUUAGGAAGGGAGAGUUAAUUAAGCCAGAAUUUUGGGUGUAAAAAGAACAUUUUGACCCAGGUGUUCCUGUGAUCCUCAGAGAGUAGGAAUAUGGUCCAAAUGAGUCCAUUAGGUCACUCCUGCAGCAUGCGCUUGUAGUUUCUCUUGACCAAGGAUGAACUAGUCCUGUGAUCUGGCCUUCAGCUCCUGCACAUGUGGUUAAACCUCAGAUGUUACUACGUUUUAUACCUGCCAGAGCUCCUCAAGCAAUAGCAUUUGAGCCACUAGCCUUUUAAAUAAAACUCUGUCCUAUUGCUGACAUGCA